GUAAUUCAACAUAUAAACAUUUGUGGUUCAUCAUGUCUUUGUCAGUUGAAAAAACUUCCUCUGGCCGUGAAUACAAGGUGAAGGACAUGUCCCUGGCUGACUUCGGGAAGCUGGAACUCGAGCUUUCCGAAGUUGAGAUGCCAGGACUCAUGUCCUGCCGAACUGAGUUCGGCCCCUCACAGCCAUUUAAGGGAGUCAGGAUUACUGGCUCCCUUCACAUGACCAUCCAGACAGGAGUCUUGAUUCAGACUCUGACGGCCUUAGGGGCCGAAGUCAGAUGGUGCUCAUGCAACAUCUUUUCCACACAGGAUCAUGCUGCAGCUGCCAUUGCACGUGAUAGUGCGGCUGUCUUUGCAUGGAAAGGCGAGACCCUUCAGGAGUACUGGUGGUGUACCGAGAGGGCUCUUGAUUGGGGUCCUGAUGGGGGUCCCGAUUUGGUCGUUGAUGAUGGCGGUGACACAACAUUACUGAUUCAUGAAGGCGUAAAGGCUGAGGAGGAGUUUGCAAAAUCCGGUGCUCUGCCUGAUCCCAAAUCUACUGAUAAUGCAGAGUUUCAGAUUGUUUUGACGAUUAUCCGAGAUGGGCUGAAAUCUGAUCCGAAGAGGUAUCACAAAAUGAAGGACAGAUUGGUAGGAGUAUCGGAAGAGACUACUACUGGAGUGAAGAGAUUGUACCAAAUGCAGCUAAACGGCACCCUUUUGUUUCCUGCUAUCAAUGUGAAUGACUCUGUCACAAAAAGCAAGUUUGAUAAUUUGUAUGGAUGCCGCCACUCGCUCCCUGACGGUUUAAUGAGAGCCACAGAUGUUAUGAUUGCUGGAAAAGUUGCAGUUGUUGCAGGUUAUGGUGAUGUGGGAAAGGGAUGUGCUGCUGCCUUGAAGCAAGCUGGUGCUCGAGUGAUCGUGACUGAAAUUGAUCCCAUCUGUGCUCUGCAAGCCACAAUGGAAGGUCUUCAGGUUUUAACGCUCCCUGACGUUCUGUCUGUAGCUGAUAUCUUCGUCACCACUACAGGGAACAAGGAUAUCAUCAUGGUUGAUCACAUGAGGAAGAUGAAGAACAAUGCAAUUGUUUGCAACAUUGGUCACUUUGACAAUGAAAUUGACAUGCAUGGUCUUGAGACGUAUCCAGGUGUUAAAAGAAUUACAAUAAAGCCACAAACAGACAGAUGGGUGUUCCCUGACACAAAAUCAGGCAUCAUUGUCUUGGCUGAGGGUCGGCUCAUGAACUUGGGGUGCGCUACAGGUCACCCCAGCUUUGUGAUGUCUUGCUCCUUCACUAACCAAGUUAUUGCCCAGCUUGAGCUAUGGAAGGAGAGGAGUAGCGGGAAGUAUGAGAAAAAGGUGUACGUCUUGCCCAAGCAUCUUGAUGAGAAGGUUGCAGCACUUCACCUUGAAAAGCUCGGUGCUAAGCUCACGAAACUCACCAAAGACCAGGCUGACUACAUUAGUGUCCCGGUUGAAGGGCCAUACAAACCUGCUCACUAUAGGUACUAAGAGAAAUAUCUCGAAUCUGUAUGGUGAUAGCAUCUUAAAGUUACUUUAAUUUUGUUUAGUUUCAUAGUUCUAUUUAAGUAGUUUUGUUUUGAGGGUUUUGAAGAAGGAAUUGAUGUACUGGUUUUCACGUUGAAUAAGGCAAUGUUUCUCGGUGGUGUUGAGACAAAGUAUUUUUGUUAUAAUGUGGAGAUUUUACUGAUAUUGUUUCUGA